AAUAUCGAGAUCAAGGCCAAACUGCAGCCGUGGCUAUGGUCCCUGCCGACAAAAUAUUUUGCGUCAGAGCAGUCUCAACGCUCCAAGAACUCGGCUUCUGCGCUAGUACCUCUAAUGCAAGAGACACAGAAUGAUAGCGGUAAUAGCUAUUGCACUUUUCUUCGUCAUCACGACGAAUUCGAAGGAGCAGAUUUGUCCGACAUCGUCGACGAAUCCCCGAUGCAAAUGCGUAAGGAAACCCCUCUGGAGCUGGUAGCGGCCACCUUUCAAAGAAUGGCAAGUACAGAUUGUUUCCUACCUACCGAAGGUCUCUUAUCCCUGAUAGAAUCUCCGUUGCAUUUUAUUUACAUCUCGUGGCCAAUUUGA